GGCCAUGACAUUGACAGUUGACAGAUGAAAUUAUGUCAAAUUACGUAAUUCAAACAUUUUAACAAUUACAUUCUAGGUUAAUGUUCUCGUAAGCCAAGAAAAUGAUAAAGUUUGGUAUUAAAUCGGCUGUUUUAGGUUCAGCAGUGUACUAUACUGUUGAUAAAGGUGUUUGGAAGGAUAGUGAAUCGACUCGAGAAAUUUAUGAUGAAUUAGAGAAAGGAGUGUCCCCCUAUGUUGGUGAAUUAAAAAAACAAAUACCAUUUGAGCUGCCUCCACUCCCAUCAAAUGAUAGAGUGUCAUAUUUAUUCAAAUACUACUGGAACUGUGGUGUGAAAUCAACAUUUCAAUUCCUAAUUAACCUGCCUACUCAUACCACAAAUGCAUUAACAUCUGCAUAUGAUAAAAUAUCUUCGUCAACAAACUCGUCUGAACCUGAAAGAAGCCAAGAGGGAACAAAAUAGUUUAAUAUAGGAUAAAAUGUGAUUUUGUGAACUAGAUUGUUAUUUAAACUUGUUAGUCUUACAAGCUAUUGAUGUUAAGUUGCUGUCCAAGUUGUGACUUAAUAUCUUACAACAUAAUAAACAAGUAAAAAGUGAACCUUCUUUA